UUUGUUUGUAUCGUCUGUGAGGGUUAGUUUGAACAUGAAGUUUUUGAUUGGUGGUGGCACGGGACUAAUAGGUCGAUCACUUGUUUCAUCACUUCGAUCAACCGGACAUAAUGUACAAGUUAUCUCACGCAAACCGAAGGAAAAAAAUGAUUUGAGCUGGGUAGACUCUUUUUUAAAAUAUGAAGGGCUUACCUAUUAGGAUUCUAUCAAGAAGAAUGGUUUACCAAGUGAUGUAGAUGUUAUUGUAAACUUGAGCGGUCGAAACAUUGGUGAAGUUAACCUACUAUUUUUUAUCAAAGAGUCAGUUAACUUUGCUUACAUUCACAUUUAUUUCCAUGAAUCACAGGAAUUACUAUAGUUAUAUUGAAGAAGUUUUUACCAGUCGUAUAGACACAACCAAGCUUCUUGUUGAUUUAUCAAAAUCUGCCCCAAUAAAGGCAUUCAUAAAUGCAUCAGCGGUUGGUUUCUACCCUCCUGAUCUGCAAACCACAUAUGAUGAAUCUACUCCACCCAGAGAUUGCAAUUUUAUUACAAAUCUUGUUAACCAAUGGGAAGAUGCAGCUCAAAUACCCUCUAGACCAGAUAUUCGUCAAAUUCAACUGCGAACAGGUGUAGUUCUUAGCAAAGACUCACAUUUCAUUCGUACUGUUCGGCACGUUUUUCCCCUUGGGUUUUGUAAUCCGAUUGGUACUGGUCGUCAAUGGAUGUCUUGGAUUCAUUUAGAUGAUUUGGUUAGAAUAAUUGAAUAUGUUUCCGACCCUGAACGAGUAUUUCCAAGCGGACCUGUCAAUUGUACUUCACCUAAACCUGUCCAGCAGGUUACUUUUGCUAAAGCCAUGGCUGAGUCACUUAGUGCUCCGAUGAAUAUCUUUUCUGAUGCUCCAAUUCCAUCGUUUCUUUUUACUUUACUUCUUGGUCGCGAUCGUGCUACCUUAGUUUUAGAUGGUCAGCGUGUGAUUCCUAGGAAGCUCCUUAAUGCAGGGUUCGAGUUCAAAUACCCUGAUAUAGCAGAUGCUUUGGAAAAUAUUUUCGGUCGUCGACCCCGUUCAUAACUGUCACGUCUUAACUUUUUAUUGAACAAAGUUAUCUAUUAAUAAAAUAUUACUCACCAUGUUUUCCUCUUGUUAUUUGUUCAACCAUGAUAUUUAAAUCUAGUUGCACCUAAAUAAUUUCUACUGUCUCACAUAUUCAUGUAUUAUCUUUCCAACGCUAUAAUUGUGACUCUUCCUACAUGGGAACUUUGUGUUAUAUUGCAGUUUCACCAUUCACCAAUAAAUUCAAUACAUUUCAACUUUUAGGAGCUAGUCUUUACUACUUUGUGUAUAACUAAGCAAUACAAUUAUUUAUAUCCUGCAAAUUUUGUUUUUCUUGCUCAGCUAUAAUUUCUAAUGGUCGACAAACGUGUGUGUCGGUCGAUAACGCUAAUCAUUUCUGUCGUAGGAAGUGUUGAGGGUGUCAAAUCCCCAUAACUUACUUGGUAAAUAGCUUAGUUUUGUAAUUUUAUUUUGGAAAUUUGAAUUUAGCUGUUUUCGCACCAAACGCGCUGUUUUUACCUUCACGUCAUAUUUCCCACUUGUAAACUAUCUUAAACGCUAUUGGUCCAUUGUUUCUUUGUGUGCUAUUUAUUAAUGAUGCUCAAGGAUAAUUUGUUGCUGUAUAAAUCCGCUUGACUUUUUCCCUUAUUUGAUUGCUUGUACUCAGCUGCUUACGGAAUACAUAUAUUCCCCUA